AUGUAUAAUUAAAAUAAUGAAAAGGUCAAUUCUCUGUUUGAUUUAGUUGAAAAUGAUUUCAUUGUGAAUUAUUUAUUGGAUCCACCUCAUGCAUUUCCAAGAACUAAUAGUAACUAAAAUUUUAUUGGAUUAUAAUAAAAUUUCUCAUUGUUGGAUAAUUAGUAUGAACCAAUGGACAUGAAAUAAGACGAGCCAAUUGCAGAAGCAAAGAAAUAAAAAUCGAAAAAACGAAAAACUCAAAAAAGCAAUGAAUCUGAACAAUUAAAAUAAAAGGAUCCAUUUUAGUACAAGAAUAACUUAAAGAACACAUACAUCAAUAAGAUUACGAGUUUGGUUUAGCAGGAUAGUCAGAAAUUGUUACAACAACAAUAGGCAAAAUUUAGAACAUCAGAGGAUGAUAGAAUUGAUAAAAAUAACAGUGUUUCUUAUUAGGAUAUAGAGGAUAGCACUCAGGCCAAAUUGUUAAGGAACAGAGAAUGUGCUAGGAAUUCAAGGAAGAGGAAGAAGAUUUACAUUGAGUUGUUGGAAAACCGAGUCAAAUAAUUAAAUGAUGAACUCGAAAAACAGAAAUUAUUGAAUAAGACAAGUGCAGGUUACUUGAAUAAGAUGAGUUAGAAUCAAUAAUUGCAAGGAUUCUUUUUGGGAAGGUAAUAAUUAUAUGAGAAAUUGGAGAAAUCCAUCCAAAACAAGGCAGAUGAUAAUGAAUUAAAUUUAUUGUUAGAUUCAAUGAGGUUUAGAGUUGGUGGAGGUGGCAAAGAAAGAGUAAGUGCAUCCAAUUACUUCUUUAAUCAAAUAUUGGAGAUCUGCUUUCCUGUUCAUGUUCGAUACAUGUUAUGGGCUGCUAGUGAAAGCAAGGACUUAUUUGCUGAUUAAUUAGAUCAGUAAUAGUAGGAAGGAUAGCCUUAAUGGUUGUUGGAUCUGACCAGGGAUCUCUAGAUAAACGAAACUCAGAAAAAAUAGAUGAAGAAAUCAUAAAGAAGGAUCAUAAGUGAUAAGAAUAAACUAUUAGAAAUCUUGACUUAAUUCCAAGAAAUCAAAGAAUAACUAUAUAAUAAAACUUCCUAAGUGGAGAACUUUAUUGAUGAACUUAGAAAUAUUUUAAAUCCUACACAAGUUGGCAAGUUUUUAAUUGGUUUAGAGAAAAACAAAUUUAGAAGAGAAAUGACAAUAUCCAAGAUAUGGAAUAUAUUUGAUGAUCAGAGUGAUGAUGAAGAAGCGGAAGUUGAAGUUAAAGAAGAGGAUUCUGUAGAAGAACCAGCUAAGAAAAAAGUAUAAAUUUGA